CGAGGAAGUGUACCAAUACCAAAACAGCUCUACACACGUUUCGUGAACUGUGACAUGUCAAGCUUAUAACCACAGAUAUCGCAAUUGUUCAGCAACCUGUGUAUUGUUAUGUUGUAGCUCAACACAGAACGUUGUUACGAAGGGACUGCAAUUUCUGGGUUGGACCUUUCUGUACAACAUGGAAGAAGAUGAUGGACUAAAGGAUAACCUUCGUCUACAGUUCCAGGCUCUGCAGGAGCAGCAUGAGAAGCGUCUCCAAAGACUAGAGAAACAGAAGAAGGAGCAGAAGGCCACUGAGAUCCAGGACAAUCUGAACCUGUCCCAGCUAGACAUUCAUCACACGGAUGAUUGUAGUAAAAAACUGUUACAGAAUGAAAAUGAACAGUUGCAGGACCAGGUGAGGGAGCUGAGGGAUGAAAAUGGCCGACUAUUCAAACUAGUGAGCGAGAAAGACUUUGAGAUUAAACAUCUGAAGAAGAAGAGGGAGGAAGACAGGCUGGCUUUAGCAGGCACAUCUGGCUUGGCGGGUGAUGCGGCAGCUACCAAGAUUGUUGAGCUUUCUAAGAGGAAUCGAGAGUGUGCUUCUGAAAUGGAACGAGAAAAAGUUAAAGCAAAACAAACUAGCAACAGAGUGAAACAGCUUGAGAAAGAGCUCCAGGCUGCUUUGUUGCUUAGUCCUCCUGGGAAGAAAAUGGAUGUAAAGCCACAAGACAUGAGGUCAUCCCAGGACUUCCAGGAGAACAGUCCAGUGGUAAAAUCUCUACAGGAAAAACUAUCUGCUGCCCAAUUCAAGAUGACAGAAUAUCGAAACCAGAUUCAAGCUGUCAAGCAGGAAUUGAAAAUAGCUCAGAAGGUGUUAUCCAGUGAGGUAGGAGAGGAAGUCAGCAUCCAGCAGCUACUGACCAGCCCAGGUAACUGGAGAGGUCGCUCCCAGCAGAUACUGGCUCUCCAGAUUCGGGUUCGGGACCUGGAGCAGCAGCUGAGCCAAUCAGCUCAGAGGAAGCAGCCGUCAUUCGUCACCGUGGAAGAGGAGCUACUGUGGAGCGGGGCCCUGCAGAAAACACCCCCCCAGGACAGGAACCUCACCUACAUUCGCAAUAUGGAGAGGGAGAAGAGAGAAACUCUGGAGAGGAUGACUGGGGACUAUGAUUCCCUCAUGAAGGACCACAAUGAUGUGAAGAAGAAGCUGGAGGGCUCCAAGGCCAGAAACAAAAACCUGAGCACUGAGGUGAAAUCACUGAAGGCCCAGAUCUCCACCCUGCUGGACAAAGGAAAGCAUGAUGAUGAGCUGGUGGAUGCCUUACUGAAGCAGCAGAGCCAGCUGCAGGAGGUGCUGGGUAGGCUGAGCCAACAGGAUGCGCAGACCAAGGAGAGCCAGCAGAACCUGGGGCAGCAGCUGAGCAGCGAGGCCCAGAGACACACAUCCCUCAUCCAGCAGCUCAAACACAUGGUCUCCGAGAGGGAGGCCAAAGUGAAAGAGCUGGAAGACGAGAUACAGCAACUGUCCUUUAAGAGAGAGGAAGGCGGUCAAUUAGGCCCAAAGACUACCACUGGCAGUUUCUGGCCUUUGACAGCAGGGGGAGACAGCAGUAAGAGGAUUAGCUCAGCCCGUUCAGUAUCUAAACUUGGACAUAAACUAGUGGAGUCAGCAGCUGGGGUCAGUUUAGAGGUCAGAGAUGCAGGCGCUCCUUCGUGUUGUCAGAACUGUUCAGAGGAGGUGAGGUACCUGAAGGCAGAGUGUACAGAGUUUCGGACCCUUUGUGAGGCUGCCUGUGUGGAGAGAGAUAGGCUCUUAGAGCUAGUCAAGCUCCAGCAAUCCAGGGAGGGGGAAGGGAUGCAGAGGUGCCUAGGGGCAGAGCAAAAAUUCCAAGGAGAACGCAGAAGGGCCGUAGCCCUAGAGCAGCAGCUAGAAAAAGCAAAGCUGGAUCUGGGCAAAGGAUUGACUCCCAGAAAAACUAGCAACAAGGGCACUGGAGGAGCCUCGUCUAGUGGGAGACAGAGGGAAUCAUCAUCCCCUCGAAGCCCUCCUGACCUUUCCAGGGAGGCCCAAGUCAUUGAACUAAGUACACAGCUGGCGGUGCUGCAGGGGGAGAACGAGGCUCUGAGGGCUGAGCUGAGGAGCACUCUCCAGGCCAAGGCUGAGGACCUGCAGCUCUGCAGUGACAUGAUGAACCAAGUCAAGCACGUCUUUCUGCAGGCGCUGCGACAACACAAGCAGGACAGAGACACAAACCAGUAGAAUUAGUUAGCUAGCUGUAUUAAAGGCCCUGGCUGCUGAACCUGCUGGACUUGAACCAUGUCCCCAAAAAACCUUAAGUUCCUCUUGUCCAGUCAUAUCAACUCUGAGGAAGGACAGGAAUGGAGCAGGCCUGUCUGCUUCAGCAAUACAAUGUAAUUACUGGUUCUUGGUUUCCUGACUGCUUCCUGCUAACUCUGUUGACCAGGAAAAAACAAAAACCUGCUUUGACUGCCCCCAUGUAGUGACUAUGAGCAAGCCAAUCAAAGCCAACUUGGCACCUGCGGACCAAAAGGUUUAUCAACUUUGACAUGAACAUGUCACACAGUGUCUCCUACUGUUGAUUGCAUGACUGGUCAGCGCAUAUGGAAUGUGUCUGCAUUAUUUGAUGUGUAUGCAUGGACCAUAGGUGUUUUUCUUUUCUAAAUGUCACUGUCAUAUCAAAAUAGUGUCGUCGUCUUAGCACCUGUGUUUGUAAGAUAUAGUAUAGAGGGCCGCAGUGUGUUUGUAAGAUAUAGCAUAGAGGGCCGCAGUGUGUUUUUAAUAAGAUAUAGCAUAGAGGGCCGCAGUGUGUUUGUAAGAUAUAGCAUAGAGGGCCGCAGUGUGUUUGUAAGAUAUAGCAUAGAGGGCCGCAGUGUGUUUGUAAGAUAUAGCAUAGAGGGCCGCAGUGUGUUUGUAAGAUAUAGUAUAGAGGGCCGCAGUGUGUUUGUAAGAUAUAGUAUAGAGGGCCGCAGUGUGUUUGUAAGAUAUAGUAUAGAGGGCCGCAGUGUGUUUGUAAGAUAUAGUAUAGAGGGCCGCAGUGUGUUUGUAAGAUAUAGUAUAGAGGGCCGCAGUGUGUUUGUAAGAUAUAGUAUAGAGGGCCGCAGUGUGUUUGCUUUCCACUAAUAGAGUCAUCAACAUGUGACAAUGAAAUAUAACUUCUUUUUUUUCACCGUCACAGCUAAGAUGCUAAUGUUUAGUUUGGGCUCUAUUCAAUCCAUAGCGCUGAAGAUCUGCUUCAUAACACAUUGAUAAUUAAAGGCAAUGUUCCUUAACAUUCAUGGUAAACGCU